GUGCUGUGUGACCUAGCACUUCCUCUGCUGGCUGUACCAGCUGUACCCCCCCUCCCCCUCCCUCUGUGCAGGUUCGGGUGUCUGCUAGGGGCUAUGACGGAGGGAGAGCCCGCCAUUCCACCGGAGGUGUCCCACAGAGACCCACAGGACUGCGUUUUUGUCUCGUAGCUAGUUCACCAGGUUAUAGACAAGCCCGAUGACGCAAGGGCAGCUCGACUCAGGAGGGGGCAGGCUAAUACUUGCAAGGAUCCCCUCGCUGCCACCCAUGAAGAGGCGCGGUGAAGCGUCACACGCUCGCUGACGUUUGCCGUCAUAAUCAUGAUGCUGAUCCUCCUGUGGCUCCUCGGCGCUCCGACGUCUGCAGGUGAGACCGUUAUGGCCCCCAGAGACGCAGCACUCGGUCCAAAAGUUUUUUGGACCACAUUAGGGAAAGAAUGCAAGUUUCCUUUUCGACAAGGAGGACGAAUUCAUCAUCACUGCAUCACCGUCAUCGUCUCCCGACCCUGGUGUUCUCUUACGUCAAAUUUUGACCGGGAUGGGAAGUGGGGGUACUGCGCCCUGGAGCCACGACAUCCCAAUGGCUCCGUCCACACGUCACGAAGAAUGGUCAAUCCAUGUCGGGAGCAGCCGUGUCGCAAUGGAGGCACCUGCAUAGCGCACACGCUCGCAUUCGAGUGCUUGUGUCCUCUCCCUUUCUCUGGGAAGAUGUGUGAGCACAAAAAGUGCUAUGAAACCAUACACCUGCGCUAUUAUGAAGAGGGAGAGUCUUGGGGUCGUAUUUACCUCCGCAACGUAGAGCGGUGCACAUGCUCCUACGGCCACAUCCGGUGCCAGCGAGUUGGUUACACUGCAUGUCGCUCCAACCCAUGUCAGCACGACGGAGUGUGCCGGAUGAUCGUAGCCACCGGAAAGGAAGUAUGUCACUGCCGAAAUGGCUACGGCGGACCGCACUGCAGCUUUGAGCCAGAUAGCGAGUGCUACAACAGUCGCGGUACAAGCUACAGAGGCGUGGCGUCCACCGCGGCGUCUGGCACCCAAUGUCUGCCAUGGAACUCGGACCUUCUGUACAACGAGCUCCACGUGGGCACGGUGGCGGCCGCCCCCCUCAAGGGUCUUGGCGAGCACGCCUAUUGCAGAAAUCCAGACGGAGACAAGAAGCCGUGGUGUUACACGUUGAGCAAGGGUGCCAUCUCCUGGGAGUAUUGUGCGGUGCCUUCCUGCAAGAUGCCCUUGUCAUCUUCUCGUAUGAUGAUGUUCAACAUGCUACCAGGACAAGGCAACACUAAACCGGCCAAGGCGACGUGCGGUACAAAGCACAAGAAGAGAGUGUCGGUUGCCAGGGGAAGGAUCAUGGGAGGAAACUCGGCACUUCCUGGUACUCAUCCCUGGAUGGCGGCCAUUUAUACUGGACAGUCUGACUUCUGCGCUGGGACCUUGAUCUCUUCUUGCUGGGUCGUCUCUGCGGCGCAUUGUUUCUUUCGCAACCCCCUGAUGUCCCAGCUUCGAGUUGUCCUGGGCCAGCACCACUUCAACGUAAGCGACGGGGACACGAAGACGUUUGGCGUGGAAAAGUACAUCUUUCCCAAACAGUUCUCCAUGUUUAACCCCACCCUGCACGACAUCGUCUUGCUCAAACUGAAGAAGCAAGACGGCCGCUGCGUCAAGAGGACACCGUUCAUCAGGCCCAUUUGUCUCCCCGAUGCAGAUGUCUCCUUCCCUGACAAGUACUGCUGCACCAUCAGUGGAUGGGGACACAUGCAUGAGAAGGCAGAUGGUUACUCCAAUCUGCAGGAGGCGGGGGUGAGGCUAAUCCCGCAUGACACGUGCAGGAAACCGGAGGUCUACGGUAACCACUUCACCGCCGACAUGAUUUGCGCCGGGCUCAACGGUUGCGUGGACGCUUGCCAGGGGGACUCCGGGGGUCCGCUGGCCUGCUCGAGGAAUGACAUCAGCUUCCUGUACGGAAUCAUCAGCUGGGGGGAGGGCUGCGGGCGCUCAGGGAAACCUGGCGUUUACACCAAAGUGGCCAACUAUAUGGACUGGAUCAAUUCUGUCAUCAAACGGAAACCCAAGCCGACUGUGAACAACAUUUAAGUUUUCAUACUCUUUUACGCAGCUUUUUUUAUUAUUGGAAAAGUCUAUCACCUUGAACCUAUGAACUGUGAACAAAAAUGGAGACUGAAUAAACGUAUUUAGGAUGCAUCUUUUACCUAAUAUGUACAUUUUUUUAUUUCUCCUAAAAUACCAAACUUUAUUCUCAUUA